CUUUGACACGUCAGUACUUUUAUUUCACAAAAUUGGAUAGUUAUUUUCGCUUUUUUAUUUAAAAUAAUACAUUUUGAAGACAUUCUCAUCAUGUCUACUCUUGCCGAACAACCGUGUUAUACAUUGAUUAAUAUCUUGGGUGAUUCGGAACCGCCAUCGGAACAGAAACUGAAGGAAGACAUCGAGAAAGGUGAUAUCAAAGUCAAAAUAGAAACGCUAAAGAAAGUCAUCCAAAUUAUCCUGAAUGGAGAAAAGAUGCCAUCCUUGUUGAUGACAGUCAUCAAGUUCCUCAUGCCUCUACAGGACCACACCAUUAAGAAACUCUUGCUCAUUUUCUGGGAGAUUAUCCCAAAGACAGGAUCAGACGGCAAACUGCUUCAUGAGAUGAUUCUAGUUUGUGAUGCGUACAGGAAGGAUCUUCAACAUCCAAAUGAAUUUAUUAGAGGAUCAACCUUGAGAUUCUUGUGUAAAUUAAAGCAACCUGAGCUGAUUGAACCACUGAUGCCUGCUAUUAGAGCCUGUCUUGAGCAUAGACAUUCGUAUGUUCGCCGUAAUGCUGUUAUGGCCAUCUACACCAUAUUCAAGAACUUUGAGUUUCUUAUCCCGGAUGCUCCAGAACUUGUUCACACCUUUUUGGAGCAAGAGCAAGAUGCAUCAUGCAAGAGAAAUGCUUUUAUGAUGUUGAUUCAUGUUGACCAGGAAAGAGCUUUGGAUUACCUUAGUACGUGCAUUGACCAAGUCAAUACGUUUGGUGACAUUUUACAACUUGUUAUAGUUGAGCUCAUCUACAAAGUCUGCCAUGCCAACCCUUCAGAGCGUUCAAGAUUCAUUCGUUGUAUUUAUAACUUGUUAAACUCCUCAUCACCAGCAGUUCGUUAUGAAGCAGCAGGAACACUUGUCACAUUGUCGUCUGCUCCUACUGCUGUCAAGUCUGCAGCAUCUUGCUACAUUGAGUUGAUAGUCAAGGAAAGUGAUAACAAUGUGAAACUAAUUGUCUUGGAUCGUCUWAUUAAACUGAAAGAAAACCCUGCUCAUGAGAAAGUUAUGCAGGAACUUGUGAUGGAUAUCCUGCGYGUCCUUGCAUCUCCUGAUCCUGAAGUUCGAAAGAAGACACUGCAGCUUGUCCUUGACUUGGUGACUUCWAGAAACAUCCAUGAGGUUGUUGCAGUCUUGAAGAAGGAAGUGACAAAGACUCACUUUGAAAGUGAACAUGCUGAUAUUGGCAGCUACAGACAGAUGCUUGUAAGAACAUUGCACACUUGCAGUGUCAAGUUCCCUGAUGUGGCCAACUCUAUUGUYCCUUUGUUGAUGGAGUUCUUGGGYGAUUCUAAUGAACAAGCAGCUUUUGAUGUGCUGGUGUUUGUUAGAGAGGCAAUACAGAGAUUUGAACAACUCAAGCCAGUCAUCAUGGAGAAACUUCUAGAGAAUGUGCAUAUGAUAAAGAGUGUCAAGAUUCAUCGUCAUGCGUUAUGGAUUCUUGGUGAAUAUGCUACCAGUAAGAGUGACAUYAUGUCAGUCAUUGAUGAGAUCAAGAAAGGACUUGGUGAAGUGCCAAUAGUUGAAGAUGAGAUGAGACUUGCUGCAGGAGACCCAUCUGAAGCAGGAGAGGAGGCCCCUUCAGCAAGUGGGAAAAGACUUGUAACUGCUGACGGUACAUAUGCCACUCAAAGUGCCUUUAGCCAACCAGGAGCCUCAGCCGGACUGGCCAAGACAACUGAAGAAAAAAGACCACCUCUUCGUCAGUACUUGUUGGAUGGAGAGUUCUUUGUUGGUGCUGCCAUAGCUGGCAUUUUGUCCAAGAUUGCACUUCGMUUCCUUGAGCUUGAAAAUGAUGACAAAAAGAAAAAUACCUUCUGUGCAAAYUGUAUGCUGAUCAUGUCAAGUAUACUACAUCUUGGAAAGUCAGGACUGCCAAAGAAGGCAAUAACUGAUGAUGAUGUUGAYCGUAUUUCCAUGUGUGUCCGUGCUGUGGCUGAGCGCACUCCACUCAUGCAACAGAUUUUCACAUCUGAGUGUCGACAGUCCUUAUCAGCCAUGCUUGAUGCUAACAAAAAGAUGGAGGAUGAACAGAAAGACAAGGCUCAUGCGGAAAAGGUUAUCUCAGUCCAGGCUGAUGAUCCCAUUUCAUUCCUUACUCUAUUGGCAAAGUCAGAGAGUGGAACGACUGAGGAUCAAUUUGCUGCAAGCUUGUCUCAAGCUGUUGGAAGUGCAAGCCUGAAGACUGAGGAGGAACUCCAAAGCAGUAAACUCAACAAGGUAGCCCAGUUGACUGGUUUCUCUGAUCCAGUAUAUGCAGAGGCAUAUGUCAAUGUCAAUCAGUACGACAUUGUUUUGGAUGUAUUGAUUGUCAAUCAAACUACUGACACUCUUCAGAAUGUCACUCUUGAACUGGCAACACUUGGUGACCUCAAACUUGUAGAAAAGCCACAACCUAUACUGCUAGGACCAAAUGACUUCUCUAAUAUCAAGGCAAAUGUGAAAGUGUCUUCAACUGAGAAUGGUAUCAUCUUUGGAAAUAUUGUGUAUGACGUGUCUGGUGGCGGCGGUGAUCGUAACUGUGUUGUUCUGAAUGACGUCCAUAUUGACAUCAUGGACUACAUUCUGCCAGCAAAUUGUACUGACUCUGAGUUCAGACAAAUGUGGGCAGAGUUUGAAUGGGAAAACAAGGUGACAGUGAACACCAACAUCACAGAUCUCAAGGAUUACCUAAGUCAUCUCAUCAAAUGUACCAACAUGCAGUGCCUCACACCUGACAAGGCUUUAGAAGGCUCAUGUGGGUUCAUGGCUGCAAACUUGUAUGCACGAAGCAUCUUUGGUGAGGAUGCCCUGGCUAAUGUCAGCAUAGAGAAACUACAAGAUCAGACAGGAGUGACAGGACAUGUACGCAUUAGGGCAAAGAGUCAGGGAAUGGCAYUGAGUCUUGGUGACAAAAUUAACCUUUCACAAAAAACCAGCAAGUAAAAUAAUGUAGAAGGCUGAUUGGAUAUAGAUACAUUGUGUACAGUGUACACUUGAUUGUAAUAGGGAAUUAAUAGCUAUAUAGAAUAAAAGAAAUCACAAAGUAUGCAA